CCCGGAAGGACGGCGUCCGCCCGUCUCGUGACCGCCGCGGCGACCGCCCGCCCGCCUCCGCGCGGGGCUCCGGGGAGGGGUCGCCAUGGCGGCAGACGCCCCCGGUACCGUCCCGGUGCAGCUGGUGGAGCAGCCCAGAUUGCUGAAGCUGAAGGAGAGUUUUAUAGCAAAAUUUGGAUCAGCUCCCAAGUUUUAUGUUCGUGCACCAGGGAGAGUCAACUUAAUAGGAGAACAUAUAGACUACUGUGGUUAUGCCGUGCUCCCUAUGGCUAUAGAACAAGAUAUUUUGAUUGCAGUAGAACCUGUAAAGACUGAAGUUGUGCAAUUGGCCAAUAUAAAUUCUUCGUACUUGGAUUUCACUACUAGCGUCAAUAACAUUCAGAUUAACAAAACCAAACCUCAGUGGCAUAACUACUUCUUGUGUGGACUGAAGGGUAUUCAGGAACAUUUUGGUCUUAAUAACCCAACUGGAAUGAAUUGUCUGCUAGAUGGAACCAUCCCUCCAAGUUCUGGUCUUUCUAGCUCCAGUGCUUUGGUGUGCUGUGCAGGACUCGUGACCCUAAAAGCUAAUGGAAAAACCCUCUCCAAGGUGGAACUUGCAGAAAUUUGCACCAAGAGUGAACGUUACAUUGGCACAGAAGGUGGAGGAAUGGACCAGUCAAUCUCUUUUCUGGCAGAAGAAGGAACUGCCAAGUUGAUAGAGUUCAGUCCUCUGAGGGCAACUGAUGUUAGACUUCCAAGCGGAGCAGCGUUUGUUAUUGCUAACAGUUGUGUUGAAAUGAAUAAAGCAGCAACUUCUCAUUACAAUAUUAGGGUAAUGGAGUGUCGUCUGGCUACAAAGCUUCUCUCAAAGUCAAAAAGUUUGGACUGGAAAAAAAUGCUGAGACUCCAAGAUGUGCAGGCCAGCCUAGGAGUUAGCCUGGAGGAAAUGCUGACCAUUGUCGAGGAGGUAUUGCAUCCGGAGCCGUACAGCACAGAGGAAAUUUGUAAAUGCCUGGGAAUUAGCCUGGAGGAGCUCCGCUCUCAGAUCCUGAGUCAAAACACGCAGAAUGUUUCCACCUUCAAGUUACACCAGCGUGCAAAGCAUGUGUACAGCGAAGCUGCCAGAGUGCUGGAAUUUAAGAAGAUAUGCAGCGAAGCACCUGACAAUGCAAUCCAGCUGCUGGGAGAAUUAAUGAACCAGAGCUAUAUCAGCUGCAAGGAAAUGUAUGAAUGCAGCUGUCCUGAACUGGAUCGGCUGGUAGACAUCUGCCUGCAAUUUGGGGCCGUCGGGUCACGUCUGACUGGAGCUGGAUGGGGCGGCUGCACUGUGUCAAUGGUGCCUACUGACAAGCUCAAUACUUUCCUAAAAAAUGUUAAAAAAGCUUAUUACCAAAAUGAUGGCCAAAGGUUAGCGCUGGAGAAUAAUGGUCUCUUUGCUACCAAACCUGGAAGAGGAGCUUUGGUUUUUGUUGAGGCCUAAAGAACAUAAAAAUUGUAAAGAAACUAUGUAAAGCAUUUAUAACUGGCAGGACUUCCCACGCCACAGUAAAUGAAAGCCUCUUCUGGGUUUUAUUAUGAGUAGUUGCUAUUAUCAGAAUAUAUUUCUGAAGAAGGAAUUAAUCAGGAACACUGAUUACAAAAUCUAUUUUUCCCAAUAUUAAAAUAUUUUCUGUGUAAAUGCUAAUUUACCAAAAUCUAUUGACACACUGUAAUUGAAAAAGUGAUGAUUGUUUAUUACAACAGAUCUUUUCUUUUUCUUUUUCUGCCAUAAAAGUAAGACCAAGUAGAGCACUGAACUGUUCUCCUGAAGGGCAGGAGCCUUGCCAUGUGUGCAGGGCUGCUCAGUGCUUACAUCAGUGGCCAGAUGUUGUUUCUGGAAUCCUAUGAAAACGGAAGAUCAACCUGAUGAAUUAAGAACAACAAAAACAGAUGGGCCUUGCUGCACAUGCCAUGUUUCAUGCUAGUCUCAGAUACAAUUAUUAGUCUUGCAAUUAAUGACAAUAUUGGAAGGGAACCUGCGGGCCAAAUAAAACAUUGGGAACACUUCAUGUUAAGCAGGAAACCUUAACUUCUAGCUAUCGUUCUUCUAUACCUUGGUGUAAGGGUGACUGAUGAAUGUUUCAGUGAGAAUGCUGUCUGUGACCCAUCCAACAAGACAGCACGCGCGCCUUACCAAAUCAGUGAACAAAGAACAAAGGUUGGCUGUGAGUUGUCCAAGUACCACACGCUCGUUGUUCAGUCCCAGCUGCGUUUACAAGGUCGAUGAAUUUGCAUUUUCAAGCUGUGGAGGAUUAAAUACAGCCACAAACUGCACUUUCCUUCAAUUCAUGCUGUGCCUAAAGAAGCUCCUGACAGGCUCCAGGUUGCAACCACAAAUCACUGGAAGCGUAAUACCC